CCGGGUUUCCUGUUUGCAAAAUGUAGGGAAUUCGAUUCUACCCGAGUCAAAUGUACCUCAAAUGAACCCGGAAAAAGGUGUAGAAGCCCACGCAGUCACUAUUGUUUCUUCGUGGUUAUAACGAGCAUGAAUCAAACGUGAUAAAAAUGAGCCUUCACAAUGAACAUGCGUGGUUCCAUGGCGAAAUGUCCCGCGAGGCCGCCGUUGACAUUUUGGUCAAACAUGGGAAGAAGGAGGGACUUUUUCUUGUCCGAGAAAGUAAAACAAUCCCUGGAGAUUAUGUCCUAUCACUGUGGACUACGAAUCAAGCGUUACAUUUCCAGAUUCAAUGCCGUGGCGACAUUUAUUUCUGUAUAGAUGAUGGGCCGAUAUUUCAUGGUCUCGAUUCUCUAGUUGACUACUACAGAGAGAAUGCUGAUGGUUUGCCAAUUCGUCUGACUCAAUUUUGCCCCGGCAUUCCACCCCCUUCAUCUACAUGCAAACAUGGAUAUCAAACGCCAUUGCACCAAGCAUGCAGAGACGGGAAUAUCAAUUUAGUGCAGAAAUUAUUGCGGGAGAACCCAUUAGAUGUGAACGCUCGAAAUGAGUUUGGUGCGACCCCUCUUCAUGAAGCCACGUCUAGUGGUUUUGAUGAUGUUGUUCAGUUACUGCUUCAAUACAACGCGGAUCCGAGGAGCAGGGAUAACAAUGGAUUCACGGGGCUAAUUUGUGCUUGCAUCAGGGAUCAUCCGUCAACAUGCCAAAUCCUUGUGACUGUGGGCAAAGCAGACGUCCAGGACCGCUGUCCCAACACCGGAUGGGUUGCACUUCACGAGGCGGCUGCAAGAGGGUACACUGAUUGUUUCCAAGCUCUUGUAGAGAUGGGCGCACCCUUGCACCCCAGGACAACAGAGGGAGACACACCCAGAGACUUAGCCCUCCGAUAUGGACAUGUUCAUAUCGCAGACAUGAUAGACAACUACCCAAUGGCACCACCUAAGACUAGUUCUAAACUAUGGCUACAUGGGCAUCUGGACAGAAAGGGUGCAGUUAAUAUGAUCAAGAAAUGGGGCACCCCUGAUGGGGCAUUCCUAGUACGGCAGAGCACAAGGGAUCAUGGAUAUUACGUACUGUCACUUGCAAUAAACCAGCAAAUCUACCAUUUCCAGAUACAAAGCAGGUCUGAUCGCUGGUUCUACAUUGAUGAUGGCCCUCUGUUUGAAACGCUCCCACAUGUAAUCGACCACUACAGCAAGUCUGCAGACGGCCUUCCUGUCUUAUUACAAUUUGCAGUACCUCCAGAUGGCCGAACACCCAUCGCCAUAGCUCACUACACCCCACCACAACCUGUGAGGCGACAACUCAGUAGUCCUGGUCAGAGUGUGAACGCUAUCCAGACCCCACCUCGUAAACCAGUCAAUUUAACAAGGAGUGGCUCAUCUGAAGAACUACUAGAAAAGAGUACCACAAGCCACAAGACAUCAUCUCCCACUAGAAUGUUCAAGCGAGCAACAAGUGAGCGUAACCCCCAACAAAGAAAACUACCACCUGAACCUGAAGACUACAAUAAACUUGAAGAAUGGACUGGAGAUAAGCCCCAUCCCCCAUCAGUCAAACCCUCUGUACCCAUCCCUCCCCCGACCAAGCCGCCACCCAGGGUGGCAUCACGACGACCACCACCACCUCUUCCACCCCCUGAUUCAUCUGAGGCCCAGGCUCAGCAACCUCCGCUCUCACCACCAGCAGAUCUGUCCAAGUCUGGCUCCCUCCCUGCAACCCACACCUUGAUCAACAGGGAAGCCCUAGAGCUAGGCUCAGAGCUUGGUCAGGGGGAAUUUGGCUCUGUUCUCAGGGGGGUCUGGCGGGAUCCCAAAGGGAAAAAGGUGCAAGUGGCACUAAAGACUCUUCACCCAGAAAAGAUUGUACAUGGCGAACAGGAAUUUCUGCGUGAAGCACGUGUCAUGUAUGGCCUGGAUCAUCCAUGCAUCGUUAGACUGAUAGGGGUGUGCCUUGGACCUCCGCUUAUUCUGGUACAGGAGCUUGUGACAAUGGGGGCAUUAUUGGACUUUUUGAUAGACCACCAGCCUGAAAUAUCCCCAAGGGAACUAAAACUGUGGGCAGCCCAGAUAGCAUGGGGAAUGAUGUACCUUGAGAAAAAGAGGUUUGUCCACAGGGAUCUGGCAACAAGAAAUAUCCUGAUGGCAUCAAAACAACAGCUCAAAAUAAGCGACUUUGGGCUGUCUCGCGCCGUGGGCUCGGGCAGUGAUUACUACAAGGCAUCUCAGGGUGGACGAUGGCCCGUCAAAUGGUAUGCUCCUGAGUCGAUAAAUUAUGGCACAUUUUCACACAAAAGUGACGUGUGGAGUUAUGGGGUUACACUUUGGGAGAUGUACUCAUUUGGUCAGUUGCCGUACGGUGAAAUGACGGGAGGCGAGGUUAUUAAGAUGCUAGAAAAUGAAGGGAAGAGGCUGGACCGCCCGGACGCGUGCCCCGAGUACGUCUAUAAACUUAUGCUGAAGUGUUGGGACCUGAGUCCCGAAAACCGACCGACCUUUAACGAGCUGCACAACAUCUUCAGUACCGAUCCUCUCUACGCCGACGUCAGAAUACAAAAUACGAAAUUUACUUUGUGAGAAAUUAAGUAUAUUUUAAUGAAAUAGCCCAGCAAAUAGUUAUAUUUUUGGUAUAUACAUAACAUGAUCUCUACUCAGCCCCGCUGUAAAAUGGUGCGCCAAAUGGGAACGACAAUGGGAGGGGGAAGGGGUUCUGAUGAGAGGCCUUUCUUGGCACGCCCUGAGUAUUCUGCAACUUUUCCGAAGCAGGCGUUCUAAUUACACAUCUUCUGAUUAGAAAAAAUCUAAGCGUUAAGUAACAGAGUCAGUCAGACUCGUAACCAGCGGGGAGGGGAUGGUGGGCGAGGCGCGCAAGGAAGUCUCAACCUCGUCCCCAGGGUCUUAUGGGUAAUUUUCAAUAUGGCGUCUGAUUUAAAAGUACCCAGAAUACCCUGGGAACGAGCUUGAGGAAGUCUAGAAGAAUAGAAGAUAGCUUACUAAAAAUAAAGCUUAGUCCUUCCGUGAAUCGACCCGUCAGUUCUUGCUUCAAAACUUCUGGUACAUUUACGUCUGGUAUCAACCUAGUCCCAUGGUUUCUGAUCGGGCUUCCGGUUGUUUUGUUUAAGUUGUGACGUCGCACGAAACCAUAUCUGUGAGUGAGCUCGUCCCAGACCCUAAACGCUGCCUCACGGUCCUUUUCUUAGAAUAGGAAACCUGGUUAUAAUUGCUGGGACUAGGCCUGUCUGGUGUUACAAUAUAAUCGUAAUAGAAACCGAGAUGAUUGGCACGUCCUGAUGAUGAGUUGAUUGACACGUGUCAAAGAUGAGCUGGUACCGUACAGAAGUAGAAUAUAGAGUAUCUCAGUUUUAAAUCCUUGAUGACCGAAAAAAAAAAGUGUGGAAAUAUUACAUAAAUUAAUACUAAUUACAUUUUUUUCCAAUGGAUCGCCAUAAAUCAGCAGAAAAAGA